AUAAAUGCGACUAAUUUUUCUGCUACUUCUCACAAUAGUACCAAGCCAGUGAUUAUAUUUUAUCCUGAAGCCAGGAAUUGAGAGGUGUUUCCAGUACGAUUUAAUAUUUAAGUCUGUGUAUGUCGGUGAGUAUAACAUUCUGGAACAGAUUCCCAACCUUAGCUCUGAACUGCAGGGAGUAAACGUGAAGAUCUUUGAGCCUCAAAGCAAUGACUACUACUCAAAGAUUGUGCGUGGGAAGGAUAGGCAUAUCUUCAACUCCAAGAAGAGUGGCAUGCACAAAAUCUGAUUCGAGGGCACAAAGGCUUUAUUUGAACUAAUAGAUGAGGUAAAAUUUUAUGUCAAAAUGCAUGAUGAGCUUAAAUACAAAGAAAUAGUAGACAGCGCAAUAAAAAUGAAUGAUCUUGAUAAAGGCUAUGAAGAUCUGAGAAGGAUGAAAGAUACUUUGGACUCCAUCUUUGGUCAAUUCCAAGAAUCUGAGAAAAAUAUCAAUAAUUUUGAGAUUCUGCAGGCAAAGUACUACUCAAGAGCGGUUUUGCUUGCCAUUAUGACAAUUAUAUUGGUGAUAGCAGCUGGGGUAUGCGAGAUCUACUUGUUCAAGAGAUCUGUAAUCAGAGAUGACCAUCGAAGAUUUAGGUAAUCAUCUGAGAUUAAGGCAAUCCUAAUCUUUCUUACGUCAUAUAUUUCAACUGGUUUA